GUUUGAUAACAUUGGUAAUCCAAAACACAGGAACGAGACGAGGGCGGCGGUGUUUCCAUUCAGACAUUACUGAUUUCUUUUCAAGGAACCAGCCGGGAAUUUAAUAGUAUUAAUACAUUGAAUUCGUCAAAGUGUUCAGACAGCAAACCCCCCUAGUUGUGCAUCCAGUGCUUCUCCAUUGUUUGUGCUGUCAGGGUGAUGUCAGCAGCUUGUCUCGUGCGCCUUGCAAGGUGCAGUGGUCCCCAUGUGGGGCGCAGUGGUCUUUUACACAUGGCCCUAGGCCCUCUUUCAUACCAGCAAGACAGCCAACUUCAAUUUACAGUCUUCCGGAGACAACUCUACAGCCCUUCAGGAAUACGGCACAGCAACACACGCUUUGAUGCAGACAGUAGUGGCCGUCCCACCACAUGGGAUUCAUUUGGCAUCUGGGACAAUCGUAUUGAUGAGCCCAUCUUGCUGCCACCCAGCAUUCGCUAUGGCAAGCCAAUUCCCAAAGUCAGCUUAUCGAAAGUAGGCUGUGCCUCGCUCAUUGGUCAACGCAAGGAGAAUGAAGACCGCUUCCAGGUCUCCCAAAUGACUGACAACAUACUCUACUUUGCUGUGUUUGAUGGGCAUGGUGGGCCAGAAGCAGCCGACUUUUGUGAAAAAUACAUGGAGAAAUACAUCAAGGACCUUGUGGCAGAGGAGUUCAACCUGGAAUUAGUUUUAACGAAGGCAUUCCUUGAAGUGGACAAAGCUCUUGCAAAGCACUUGCACUUCUCUCCAAAUGCACCCGGGAUGAACGCGGGAACCACUGCCACUGUGGCCCUGCUGAGGGACGGCUUUGAGCUGGUGGUGGGCAGUGUGGGUGACAGCCGAGCCAUGCUGUGCCGCAAGGGCAAGGCCCUUAAACUCACUGUCGACCACACUCCUGAGAGGAAGGACGAGAAAGAGAGGAUAAAGAGAAGUGGAGGUUUUAUCACAUGGAAUAGUCUGGGACAGCCAAACGUCAAUGGCAGGUUGGCCAUGACGCGCAGCAUUGGAGACUUCGACUUGAAGAACAUGGGGGUCAUUGCUGAGCCUGAGACCAAGAGAAUAUCGUUGUACCAUGUCCAUGACUCGUUCCUGGCGCUGACAACAGACGGUAUUAACUUCAUUAUGAAUAGCCAGGAGAUCUGCAAUGUCAUCAACCAGUGCCAUGACCCCAAGGAGGCAGCUCAGAGGAUAUCUGACCAGGCUCUUCAGUAUGGCUCAGAGGACAACAGCACAAUUAUCGUGGCGCCCUUUGGGGCUUGGGGAAAGCACGAGAGCUCGGACCCAAGUUUCUCCUUCAGCAGAAGUUUUGUGUCCAGUGGUCGCUGGGCGUAGUUAGCAGGACAGUGGAUGAAAAAGUGCGGUCUUUGUACCUAAUUCUUGUGUGCAAUACAAUCGAACAACUGUGCCCUUAUGGAAACAUUAUAAAGAGUGUGGUUUGCCCAAACAAUAACACCUAAGGGUUACAAUGUGUUAUUUAGAGUAGCAUGAUAUUUAGUCGCCUCUGUGGAGUAAGAGGCUGUGAAUUCAUGAUGUGCACUAAAUGAAAAACAUCCUCUUUAUACAAGGUUUUAUCUACUAGCAAGCCAAUGACCUUAUAGGUGCUGAAAGCUGACAAGUGUUUGAAUGGCAGACAGGAAUUCAUGAUGACAUGUCAGCCAUCACUCAGCAUAUUUAAAGCCUGUUCUACACUAGCUAAGAUUUUAAGACUCGUGUUGCUGACUGUCUGCCAUUCAGAUAAUGUUUUAUCCUUUUAGCUGAUGAUAAUGCCUAAGUUUGGACUUUUUUAUUUUCAUUUGGAUUUUACCAGCUGUUUAGGUGGAGCCCACAUGCAUAAGAGCACUGGAACAAACAAUAAUUAAACUGCAUUAAUUUGUCAGUUAAUUGGAAUUAAUCAAUGUAAAUUAUCAUAGAACGUCAUGAUUCACGAGUUAUCUGGAAUAUAAGAAUCUUUGCCAAAAUAAGUCAGUGAGUCGGUUUUAAUAUGUCAAUUCUGGAAUUUCCUUUUCAACUUGUGCAUCUAAAUUAGAAAAUACAGAAAUAUUAACAGUUCCAUCUUUGAAAAUGCUUUGGUCCCAACUUCCCCAUUUUCUUAGUACUUAUAAUUCUUAUUAAAGCAUCAUUGAAAAACAUUGAUGCUGAAUUGCACAACCUUGAUGGUUUUGGAGAAAAUGAACAAAACUGUAUGUUCUGUGAUGUAGUGAACUAGUGUGAACGGAGUUGCUUGAUGCUGUUUAUAUGCACAGCAUUUCAGUGGCUGAGUCUGAUGUGUGUGUGUAUAUAUAUAUAUAUAUAUAUAUAUAUAUUUGUGUUUCUUGCGAUUCAAGUAUUGCUCACGCUUGUCUAAGUGUUAAUAUCUGUACUGAUGUGAAACAGGUCUUGUUGAGGCACUAAUGAGUGUUCGGGGUACAGAAAUGUAUAGUUUAUGUUUUGUAAAUAAUUCUAUUUAUGUACAUCUGGAAAACUGAUCGUUCUCUGUUGCAUUGACUCAACUCGUCUGAAGAGAAUCUCAUAUCGACAUUUCACACAGGCAGGAACUUUGCCCGAGUGCUUUUAUUGUGUGAAACUACAUAAUUUUGAUCGUAACUCUGUUACAAUCAGUAAUUCCUCAUUUACACCAAUGAUGUGUCACUCAGAACGCGCAAAGCACACUUAAUGCAACACUAAAGAACUGAUCAGCUAAGAGCCAUGUAUGACAAUGUGAAUGUUUGCUUCAAUGCCCUCCAUGACUAAAGGACACAAUCAAACCCUGUCGGGUAUAGGAGUAAUUAAGCUGUAUGAGUUGUCUUGGCUGACAUACUGUGAGUGGAUGUAUUUCCAAUGUAAGGCAGACUUAAAACAUUAGAACGCACAUUUUGCUCACUGUUGAUCUUUUGUUUUGUGGUUGUUAAAGCUAGACAAAUGCAACAUGUCAUAUUUAUCAUCAUUGUUCUAUUUGUAAGACUUGUGUCGCCAUGAGGUUUUCCUUUAACACCAUUUAUACAUGUUUUGUAAAUACUGUUUUCCUCCUCAUCCGCAUACUGAAUGAAACCUUGAUUUAUUAUAACAACUUUGCCUUUAUAAUAAACACGUCCUCAUUACAAGCCUCCUCAUCUGUUUAACUUAAAUUCCCAUGUCAGUUUUUAUUUACUGUAUUCUGUUUCGCUGCUGUUCAGAUAUAAUCAUUGUAGCUGUUGAUCUGUAUCUGGGACCUAAAUGUGACUGUUUCAGCAACACUCUGUUUGUACUGUAUUUUUGGUCUGAAUGGCUUGUGAGACACCUCAAAUAAAAACUAUACACCA